AUGCGUAAGUACCUCCAGCGGCGGCGCCAGCCGUCGCCCCGUCCUCCUGUCUCCCUUCUUCCUUCUUCCUUCUCCUUUCUCCAUUCUCAACUCCCCAGCUAUCUCUUACUUCUUGAAGCUUUCCACAUGAUAGAGCAAGCUGACCAACUCCCCAGUAAGACCUCGGGCCCCAACGCGCAGCCAAACUGGGCCGAGUCCCUCGGCCGCCGCAUCCAGUCCUGGGUGAAGGGGCACUACGACAGUGCGAUGAAUUUCGUCUCGUACGCCGAGCUGGUCAUCUUUGCGCGCGUGCUCCUCGGCGGGCUCACGUUCCAGAACAGCUUCGUCGCGCCCAUCUUCUUCGCCCACUUCCUCCGCCUGCGAUACCACCAGAGCACAUUCACCAAGAACGCUAUUGACGGCAUUACUGGGCGGAUUGACGGCGUCGUCGCCAAGCAGGGCGCCGGCGUGCAGAAUGCCUGGGGAACUGCCAAAAGGGUUAUUCGCACUUGGGGCGGCGGCAACCUCGUUGGAAACAGCAACCGCGCGCAGGCGAGGCCCGCUGCGCAGGGAGCUGGCGCUGCUGCUGCCGGCGGCGCUCAGGCGAGGGCUACUGGUGUUAACACUGGCGCCGCUGGAACUGCGAACCGCCGCUAA